AUGGUUCGAUUUGUUUCCAGAUUUCCGGGCGCAACCACCACCAUCUCGCCACUUUCCGGCCAACUCAUGCCACCUCUCAUGAUUCCGACACAACCAUUGUGCUCCUUUUGGUCAAGGCUACAAACCCCAUUAAAAAUAUCCCUCAAAACUCGCCGGAAAUUUUUUCGAGAAUCUCAAGCUGUUGUCGGAUUUCUCGGGUUUUCAUGGUUGAUCAUGUCCACAUCUAGAAAACGCUCGGCUACCGCCCGAGGCAAGGCCCCCGUUAGAGCUCAAAAUGCGGAACCAAACAUUUCAAGGUUUCGGGAUGCAAAGGCAACUGAAAACUAUAACAGAAGUUUGCCUACGAAAGUUGCCUCAACCAAGUUUGUGUGCAAACCCACGCUCAUUUCAUUAGGGGUUCUUGAGGGGGUCACCCAAUUGUUUCGUAACAUCGGGUGGGAAAACCUUCAAAAUCUCAUGGCACACACUUACAAGCUCCCUACUAGGGAUUUCCUUGCUGACUGCGGGUUAGACAGCGAGAGAAAAAGAGCUGCAUUCCAACUUUUGGGGGAUCGGGCACAUAUUGAUUUUGCAAGGAUAAAUGAAAUCUUGAGCUUACCUUCCUCGAACACAUUCGAGAGUUUCGACUCCCUGCAUGCCGAGUUCAACUAUGAGACCUUUUGGACGGAAAUCACUGGUGGGAUCUUUUCAUGUGCCGGUCGCAAUAAGUCAACCUCCAUCGUUCACCCAUGCCUCCGUAUUGCCCAUCGUAUCUUAGUGUGCACUGUUUUUGCCCGCAAAGAAGCCGGUCAAGUCACGAAAAUGGAGAUUUUUUUUCCUUUGGUGGAUGAUACGACGUGA